AGUGCUUCAUUACCGAGUUCACAAGAACCCUCCAUUGUUCCUUAUCCCUGGCUAGAUAAAUACAGUCUGUACGGUCCAUACCAACACAACGUAUUUCUCUAAGAUGCAUUUUUGCGUUAGCAACAAUUUUAUUGUUUCAUUUUUCUGACAUAAUAUGAGGGAUUUUCUCAUCCAUCUUAUUGGCAAAGUUGAACUGUAAGAUGGCUUUCGAGCUCUUGUGAAAAGUUAUGUGCAGUACAUAGACGUACAUAAAGUAUUACUACUUAUAACAUGUUUUAGAAUUUUUAUACUGACGUAGUGGUUUAUACUGUAACACCUGAAUAUGUUGUUGGGAACAUUAAAGCUAUGGCAGAGGUGUUCCUGCCGCGGUACGGCCUUAGUUGUACCACGGCUAAGUGUUCAUUUAACUUGUACACGUAUGAUUAAAGAGGUUCGGGAAUCACAAGAAGGAAAGGUUCGCAUAUUUGAAGGUGUUACUGUUCCUUCUCCUAGGGAACCUUAUGUAGUUGAAACUGAAGACUCCCGUGGAUGUUGCACCAUUUGCAGUUUAGGAUUAGAUGUCAAACACACGGAUGUCUUGAUUUUAAGCCAGUUUCUCAGAUCUGAUGGCUGUAUGCUUCCACGUCGUAUCACUGGAUUAUGUAGAAAGCAACAGAAACGAAUGAGUGUGAUGGUAGCUAUGGCACAGAAGGCAGGUCUUAUGCCAAACAUAGCACCACCUGGAAGUAAAAUGGAUCCGAAAAGAAGAUUCAGGUGGAAAAAGUUCAACACCUACUUUGAUGAAUCAACAAUCAAGGAUGUGAAGAGCAGAGUUAAAAAGUAACGGUGACUGGGACAGCCCUGGCAGUGUGUGUGUGUGUGUGUGUGUGUGUGUGUGUUAAAGUAAAAACCUAAAAUCUGUUAUCAGAAACAGUACAGAAAUCUAGCAUUCCACUGUAACAACUAAAAGUUAUUAAAUAAUUAUUAAUAAAACCCAUAGUAAAUGCUGAAA